AUGCUGGGUGGUGAACAGUACGUCACUUUGGUGGACUCCCUUACCCGCCAGUACCUAAACCCCACCACCCCCACAACUGCUGCUGCAACGACAUUUUCCGGUGGCAUGGACUCCACACUCUCUUGGGACGUCAGUGUGAUGUCGCGGGAGAACUACGUCCGCAUGUACCCCUGGGCUCCGGAGUACGUGAAGGCCAAGUUGGGCCUUACUCGUAUUGAACAAGAGUACGCAGAGAAAGGGUGCUGGGACCACCUGCGGAACUUGGCGUUGGAGCGCGCGCGACAGAACAGCCUUUGCUCCAUCGAGCGCAUGCUUUUGUCCAUGUUUCUUUGGGACGAGGACGCUAAAAAGUCGGCGUUCUUCCUCGCGCAUUAUAUCCUCACUGUGCCGGAGGGUCUGGCGACCCUGUACCACAACGUACGUGCCCUGGAACUGGUGGAACCCGUGGCGCGGCGGCAUCAGGCGGCGACUGUGUGCGACUUCCCGGAAGCCAUAUGGUAA